AGUACAAAGUCAACUUAGUACACACUAUUUUGCUCUGUCAAUUUAAUAUUGCAAUUAAACAAAAAAAAAAAAAAAACAAAUUUUAAUUUAAUAUUUUAGUGAUAGUGAUAUCUUGUGAUAGUGUUGCACUAAAUUAUAUUAUAUAUAAUUUAAAAAUAUAUAAUUAAUAGGUUUUUAAAUGUGAUAAGUGAUUUUUUUUUUUUAAAUAUAAAUUAAAUAAAUAAAAAGUGUUGUUUAAAUAAUAAUUACUGUGUUUUUUUUUUUUCUAAAAUAAUAAAAAUGCCUUUUAGACAGUCAAACAAUGGAAAUAAUGAUCCACCAAUAACUGUUAAAACAGAAGCUGGUUUACUUGAGCCAAUAUGUGCAUCAUGUGGAAGAAAAAUAAAAGAUAGAUUUUUAAUGAGAGUUGCUGAUAGAAGUUAUCAUGAAGAUUGUUUAUCAUGUUCAGCAUGUUCAUGUCCAUUAUCACAUUCAUGUUUUACACGUGAUUUAAAAUUAUAUUGUCGUAAUGAUUAUGAAAGAAUAUAUGGUGUUAAAUGUGUUAAAUGUGCACGUUGUUUAGAAAAAAUUAAUUGUUCUGAAUUAGUUAUGAGAGUUGCUAAUUUAGUAUUUCAUGUUGAAUGUUUUGCUUGUUGUAUGUGUGGACAAACAUUACCACCAGGUGCACAUUAUGUAUUACGUCAAGGUCAACCAAUAUGUCGACGUGAUUAUGAACAUGAAUAUUAUUUAAGCAGUCCACAAGAUGAUGACUUGAUGGAUGAUAAUCGUCCACGUGAUGGUAGACGUGGACCAAAAAGACCAAGAACAAUUUUAACAUCAGCUCAAAGACGUCAAUUUAAAGCAUCAUUUGAGUUAUCACCAAAACCAUGUAGAAAAGUACGUGAAGCAUUGGCUAAAGAUACUGGUUUAAGUGUACGUGUUGUACAAGUUUGGUUUCAAAAUCAACGUGCUAAAAUGAAAAAAUUACAAAGAAAAGCUAAAACAGAUCCAAAUGCUGAUAAAGAAACAAAAGAUGAGCGACGGACUGAAUCACCACACAGUGAUCACAGCCAUUAUUUGAAUGCUUUAUCAAUGCGUGAUGGUGAAUCUUCUAGUUUUUCCUCUGCAACUCAACCGCUUAACCCCAACAAUCCAUACUCACCCGAGGAUACAUAUCCUGGUAAUUCUGGUGAAAGUUUUUGUAGCAGUGAUUUAUCACUUGAUGGAACUGAAGUUGGUUUUGAUAUUGGUGAUAAUGAAACAACUGUUAAUGAUGGAAAUAAUCAUCAAAUUGGUCAUUCAAAUCAUAAUUCAACAAUUGAUACACCAACACUUUCACAAAGUCUUCAUGCAGCAAUGCACAAUCCAAUUGAUAAAUUAUUUAUGAUGCAAGACAGUUAUUUUAGAGGUGAUCAUGUUUAAACAUUUCUUUUUUUUAUUUGAACAUAAUUGUAAAUAUCAUUGUUUAAUAAACAAACAGGUCUAAUUAUCAAACAUUAUCAUAAAACUCUUAUUUACAAUAAAUUCAAUGUUCCAUAACUUCUUUUUGACAAUAAUAUUUCAUUUAAAAUACAAUCUAAUAGACAAAAAUUAAUGUAUAUAUAUAUAUAUAGAUAAAAGCUCUGAUUACUUACAUAAAUUGGAAAAUUAAAUUAUAAGAACUUUAAGACUAAACAUAUAAUGUUUAAGCAUUUAUGUUCUUGCUACUAUAUUUAUACUUAAACAUUUUGAAACUGUAUUAUUAAAGAUAGCCAAAAUAAUAAUGAAAAAAAAAACCAAACAAAUUAUAAUAUGAUAAAAUAAUUAAUAAAUAUUUCAUAAUACAGAUAUUAUAUUAAAUUAAAAAUAAACCUGAAUUUUUUUAAUAAUAGUAAUAUAAUAAUAACUAAUUAAUAAUGAUGUAAGUGCGUAUUAAAAUUUUUUUUUUUUGUAAUUAUUUAUUUUUGUUAAUUUUAUUAAAAUUUUGUAAUAUCAAUAA